UUCUCACUCGGACGUGUAACGCUAUUAAGCGAUUCCCUGAGUACCCGCUUUUAUUAAAUUUCGUCUUCAUCCCCCCUCCUUCCGUUUCUUUUUUCUUCCUCUUAGGGUUUCUCCAAUGGCGACGGUUCAAAAGCAAGAGAUUGGAGAAGACGAGGACAUCAGAGCCGUUGAUCUCAGCAUCAACGGCGUCGGAACCGCGGAGACUAGCAGCCACGCGGACCACACGCGCCUGGCGCCGAAGGAGGAGCCGGACGAGGACGGGAGGGUGAAGCCACCGCUCGGGGUGGUUAUGCCGCUGUCUACAGUGCAGGUCCCGUCGAUGUCUCCGUCUCCGCCGACGACGAAGAGGGCGUCGACGAAGGACCGUCACACGAAGGUCGAGGGACGCGGGAGGAGGAUACGGAUGCCCGCAACGUGUGCGGCCAGGAUUUUCCAGCUGACUCGCGAGCUCGGACACAAGUCCGACGGCGAGACCAUCCGGUGGUUGCUGGAGCACGCCGAGCCGGCGAUCAUAGCUGCCACGGGGACAGGAACUGUUCCCGCCAUCGCUAUGUCUGUAAACGGGACACUGAAAAUCCCGACCACAACGAACGCGAGCCCUGAACCAGGUGAACAUCCCGCGAAGAAGCGACGGAAACGGCCCUCGAACAGCGAGUACAUAGACAUUAAUGACGCCGUUUCAGUUUCCUCCGGCUUGGCUCCGAUCGCAACGACACUGCCGCCUCCGCUUCCGCCGGCGUCGGCUGCUCCGGUGUCCUCGGCGCCUACGGAUCAACAAGCUCUGCCGCAAGGGUUGGUCCCGGUGUGGGCCAUACCGUCCAACAGCGUUUUCUGGGUUCCCCACGUGGCGAACGUUGCGGGACCAUCGAACCAGCCGCAGAUUCUGGCUUUUCAGGCAACCGCGGCGCCGUUGAUCAACAUCUCGGCGAGACCCAUGACGUCGUCUUUCAUUGCCGCCAUGGCGGCUCCGAACCAAGCUGUACAGAGCAGCAGCAUGCUCUCGGUUUCAACCAUUGCAGCAUCGAAACCCUCGAUAACGACGUCGGUUAUGGCACCGAUAUCGAGCUCCGGCAUAAUCAGGGGAAGCACUGCAAGCGGCUCAUCGAAUAGAACGCACAUGCUUAGAGACUUCUCGCUCGAAAUUUACGACAAACAAGAACUCCAGUUUAUGACAAGAUGAAGAAGAAGCUGCGUCUCGUCACGGUCAUGUACGCCGUGAACGAUCAUUCAAUGACCGAAGCUGAACGAACCGAUCGGAUCCCUCUCUCACCCGAUUUGGGGGAGGGGGAGCACGUGGGCACGUGACGGGUGAGGGUAAAGGUACGCACGUGUUAAGUGGGGCUGGGAUUAGGCAGACGGUGGGGUCCACGAGAUGGGGUCAACACGAACCAAACAAAAAACGAAAGCAAAAGUGGGGGGGGG